UCUUUUCGGUAAUUUAAGAAAUACACUAAUUUACCGAUUUUUCGGUUUUUUACUCCAUGGUGUUUGUCAAACCAACUUUUCAUUUUCACUUGUUGAGGUGUUUUAUUUUUAUUUUCUUGGAAGAUCACUUUUUUGGGUAUUAACCUCGCUAAAUUCAAUCGCAAUUUUCUUCCAAGAAACACUUCACUAGGAGAUUUCCCUUCCAAUGAUUCAUGAGGACUGGCUCUAUAAAACAAUAACACUUCACUGAGCCAAUUCUUCUUAUUACAAUUUUUUGUCAUCAUUCUUUUAAAAUAAUCCACAAAUCUUUCCACUUGCCCAUUGGAUUGUGGAUGAUAUGGGGCACUAAAUACUUGACUAAUCCCCUUAUUUUGACAAUAUACUUUAAACUCAUUUGAACGGAAUGGACUUCCAUUAUCAGACACUAUUGUUUCUGGGUACCCGUAAUGGGUUCCCAACCACUCAAAACACUUUAUAACGUCUUUUGCUGAGGUUGUCAUGUUUUCAAACACUUCAGGCCACUUUGAGUGCGCAUCAAUUACAAUAAAAUACACUUUUCCGUCUUUACACGGCCCAGCAAAAUCAAUAUGCACUCUUUCCCAAUUUCUGUUUGUAAUUGACCAUGGUCGCAAUUCACUUUUAAUUGGUCUUUUUGCCGCUGAUUGGCACAUUUUACAAUUUGCGACCCAAUCUUCAAUAUCUCUACCAAUGUUUGGCCAAUACAUAUACUCCCGGGCGACUCCUUUCAUUUUUGCACUUCCCGGAUGUGUUUCAUGUAAUACUUUCAAUACACUUUUCCUCAAAGUUUUUGGGAUCACUAUUUUUCCAUUACACAUUAUACACUCAUCAAUCACUUCCAAUUCUUGUCUUCUGUUUGACCAAAUACUUAAUGCUGGAUCACUCACUACUUUUGGCCACCCAUUUUUAAUAAAUUGUUUAAUCCUGUUUAACUCACUUUCACUUUCUGUCCCACUCUUCACUUGUUCGGCACUUACUGGCACUUCAUCCAGCAUUAUGUUUAAUACAUAUUUAAUUGACUCUUCCACUAAUAAUGAGUUCUCAUCACUACAAUCUUCAUUACUACGAUUUUCACUUUUUGAAACUAAUGCAAUCACUUUAUCUUCCGAUUCACUUUUUUCACUUAUCAAUCUGGACAAUGUGUCAGCCAUACCCAUUUGGUUGGUACUUACAAAUUCGAUUUUAAAAUCGUAA